AUGGACUACGUGUCUAUCCUAUUUGGAGCAUUUCUAGCGGUAUAUGUUUUUACAUUGAUACGAAUUAUUCAACAGACUUGGACGACUUGGAAGCGCUUAAGGAGCUUCCGCAAUGCCUACCUCUGGAUGAUCUGGACACAGGUCAUGGCCAACUUGGCUUCGGCCCUGACCACCUACUUGUACCUGAACGGUGUUAUCGGCGAAAGCCUCAUAUUCUAUAUUUGCACCGUAGCAAUCUGGACGCUGGAAACGCAACUUCUCGCACAAAUUCUCGCCAAUCGUGUUUCGUUGAUCAUGGGGGACAAGCGUAGAGCGAAAUGGCUAAAGGUCAGCCUCUUUGUCGCGAUAUUGGGUGUCAACAUACCAGUCUCGAUUAUCUGGACCAGGGCAAGAUUGCCAAGCGCCACGAGCGAUCACAUACGUCUCAAUAACAAAUUUGAGAUCUUCAACAAAACCUUUUUUCUUGCUAUUGACCUUGUAUUGAACUUGUACUUCAUAUUUCUUGUGCGCUUUAGCCUGAUUGCACUUGAUCUCAAUCAGUACUGGGUACUUUUCAAGGUCAAUAUUGGCAUCGUAGGCCUGUGUCUUGGCUUGGACGCUUGCGUUCUUGGCAUGCUCAAGUUGCCAAAUACUUACGUGUAA